AUGGCCCUCGCCGCUUUCCCACUGUCGCCUCUUCCCUCUGCGAGCCUCGCAAUGUUGGAUGUUCCAUUCGCGCCACUGACGUCUCGUCGAUUGCUACCAGCCGACACACAGAAUGAAUGCGUCGAUCGCUUGUCUGCCUGUGGCUUUCCAAGUCAAGGCAACCUCCCCCAUGCUCCUCUGAGACUCAAGCCAAGGAACAGCAGCAGUGUACUGUUUCAAAAUGGUUUGAAGAGAAUGCAAGAGAAGACGAACCCCAAGCCCAAGCCGUCACGCCGCCGUGUGGCUCCUGGAAUGUCGAUGGCUCCUGGCAUGUCGAUCGAUGCCAUGGCACAGUCGGUCCUCAAGGCUCGGGAACUCGGGGUACUGAGUCCACAGAGGCCUGUGUCUCGCUUUGCCAAGCUCGAAGAGCGCCUUUCACCCAAGUCACAGCGCGCCACCGUACAACGAUCCUCGAGUUUUGGUCGAGUGAGGCUGUCGCCUGUGCGAAGUGCCCCCGUUCGCACACGAAGUUGUGCGGCUUGA